AUGAGUGGUGCACUUUCGAGUUCCUGUCGAUAUGACUUUUAUCAAACAACAGCAGAUGUGGUGGUAAAUAUCUACGCACGCAAUCAGCCCGAGAAGGACGUAAAAGUCCAACUUGAGCGUGACGCCGUCAUGCUAAUCUCCUCGCCAUGCUUCUCAGAGCCACUCGUCAUUCCUCUGUGGGGGCAAGUGACGCCAAACUUCACUGUCCGUGUGCUGGCGCCGAAGAUCGAGAUUGUGUUGAAGAAAAAAGAGCCGAGUGUCACUUGGGUUGCGUUGACACGCGAUGCGACUCAGUCACCCGCCUCUUCAUCAACAGUAGCCUCGCAGGCCGCUUCAGCAGAGGCACAUUCAUCAUCAUCCGCACGUCCAUCGUCGAAAUGGGACACGUUGGACCUGUCGGAUGCAGACGAUGCACCACCGGCGGGGUCUGGAGAUGCUGAAUUAAAUGCGUUUUUCCAGAAACUAUAUGCAGACGCUGAUCCAGAUACCCGCCGUGCCAUGAUCAAGAGUUUCCAGGAAUCGGGCGGCACAGCACUCAGCACAAAUUGGGAAGACGUGUCGAAACAAACCAUGGAAGUUCGUGCUCCCGAUGGCAUGGUAGCUCGCAAAUUCGAGCAGUAA